AUGUCUUACAAUUCAUGCGAAAUGUACAAUCCAUUCAAAGACCACAAUCCACUGAAAGAUCCCACUUUUUUCGAAAACCCCAUUUUACUCGAGAAGCAAGAGUUGGUUGCAGUGAACGUCACUGUACAGCUACCGUUGAAGGAGCUCACUUACCUUUCAGUGCUCGUCCUUGUUACCUUUAUUUUUCUUACUGUUUGGUUUUCUGCCUUCGUCAACCUUUCCAUUCAUGCCGCUCAACUGAUAAUGCAACCACCCGCAUCAGCACCAGGCGCACAUGACACCGAUAAUGCAGUAGAGCUUGAAGCUUUGAGAGAACAGGUCGAACAGGUCAUCCGGAACAUGAAUACUAUCGACACUGCACUCGAAACCAUGAGAAUGCAUCAUGGUAAUAACCCGUUGGAGAGACGGUUGACCGCGUUGCUAGAACGUUUUGAAACGUUGGAAGGAGGGUUGACCAGGUUGCAAGGACGUUUUGAAACGUUGGAAGGAGGGUUGGACGGGUUGCAAGGACAUUUUGAAACGUUGGAAGAAGGGUUGACCGGGAUGCAAAGACAUUUUGAAACCAUGGAAGGAGGAUUGAACGAGUUGCAAGGACAGCUUUAUACGUUGGAAGAGUGGUUAAAUGCGCUGCAAAGACAAUUUCAUACGUUGGACGGACUAUUCAACGGUCUGGAAAGAGAUAUGCGGAAUCUCCCAAGGUUUUCCCAGAAAGACGCUGACACACUAAAAUGGCUAGUUGCACAAGUUACAACUUUGAGACCGCAUGUUAUAGCUGCACGACGCGCUGUAGGAACUAUUCAGGCCGCUAUCCGUGCAAUGCAAGAAAUGAGCCUGCAGCAUCAAGUACGUCAUCAUUUUGCUAUCGAUUCAGGUUUCUAA